CUCCGAGAAGGCGCCUCCGGAAGGGGCGGGCUCUGUCCGAGUCGCGGGGCGGCCGCCGCUAUGGCUGCUCGAGGGGUCGUGGGCAUUUUCUUGCUCUCUGCGCUCCCCCUUUUGUGUCUGGAGCUCCGGCGUGGGAUCCCGGACUUAGGAAUUAAAGAUCUCUUCAUGCUGUGUGGCCGAGUUUUCUUGCUGCUUGCUCUCCUUACUUUAAUUAUUUCCAUGGCUAACUCAUUGAUUAACUCAUUUAAAUCUUCCCAACCUUAUCUGAAAGAAGAAGAAGAGAAGAAUGAGGAAAGACAAAAACUUGUGAGGAAAAAACAACAAGAGGCACAGGGUGAAAAGGCCAGCAGAUACAUAGAGAAUGUUUUAAAACCUCACCAGGAAAUGAGAUUGAAAAAACUGGAAGAGCACUUUUAUCAAAUGACGGGUGAAACCUGGAAGUUAAGUGGCGGUCACAAACUUGGGGGUGAUGAAGAAUUGGUGCUUGAAAACACAAGUCAGACAUCUUUUGAAACAACCAACAGACAAACUGCAAAGAGGCGGAACUUGCCUAAGAUUCUAACCGAAGCUGAAGAUUCGACAUCUGCUGAACAGCCCUCCCAGAAACAGGUUCCUGAUUUACCUGAAGAACCUUCUGAAACAACUGAAGAAGUAGUUACUGUUGCUCUCCGAUGUCUAGGUGGGAAAGUCCUGAGGAGAAGGUUUUUUAAGUCUUGGAGUUCACAGAGUUUCAAGAUGGCAACAGCAGACAUUAAACUGAAUUUGAAGCCAGUCCUGGCUGUGGGCCCAAGAUACAAAGGGAAAUCCCACUCAGAAGGCUUUGCUCCAUCAGAUCAGGUUUCACCAAAGCUCCAGAUUCCCCAGACCCUUCUCUCAACCUGCUGGGGAAGGUACUGCAAGCAUUAUGACCAUCAGUGCACUGGCUGA